AAAUAUGUGAGUUUUAUUUUUAUUUUUAUUAUUUUUAUAAUUAAUUUUUUCCACAUAUGAGAAUGAAUCAAACUGCAAGAACCAAAGAAGCACAAAAAGAAUGCAUAUCCAACGUCAACUGUAUAAGUCAUAGUCAUUGCAGGAAGCAGAAGAAUGCAUAAAAGAAUGUUAUGCAAUUUCCUAUAGAAAAUAACAAAAGCAACCAAGUAUAAAGUUGUGUUAUUGAUUUUUAUUAUUUUAUUAUUUUAUUUUGCUUCUAUAAUUCUUGAUCAAUUUACAUGUUGGGGAACGCUCUCAGGACUCAAAAGGCCAUUGUUGAGUUUUUUUGGAUCGGUGGGCAGCAAGUCAAUGUCUUGUCAAACAAUUCCCCUGAUUUUGACACUGAAGCUAUUCAUGGUUUUCCUGAGAAGGAAUUGGUUUAUUGGGAGUCUAACUUUUUAUGGUCUUUAAAGCAGUAUGAAACUCAAGAGAAGCCUCUUGUUGUUUGGGAUAUUGUAACAGCAUUUUUGGCGUUUAACCAUUCUAAAUCAGACUACGUAGAACAGGUACUGAUUAAGUGGCUCUCUAUUUCCUAUGUGGGAUCUCAUGUGGGACUUCCUGCUGAAGAGGUUUUGUUGUGUGUCUCCCGAAGUUUUUCAAAAUUCACUUCUCGCCAACUACACCUCCUCAAUAUAAUCUGUAGACGCAUAAUGCUAUCGGAGAUGAAGGCUGAUGAAAUAAACAGUAAACUGCUAAACUUGGAAGGAGUACACUGUGCUGAAGAAGAGCAGCGGUCUUUGUGGAUUAAUCUGCUUUUGGCCAGUGAAAGAGAACUCCGUGAGAGGCUUGUGGGAUUUACAUUUUCUGCAUUUAUAAGUCUGAUGCCUGCUUCAGCUGCAAAUUCUCCAUCUGGAAAUUGGUUUCCUGUUGGACUAGCGCAAAUGGAGCAGUGGGUUGAGCUUAAUCGUGAUCAUAUGCAGGAUCAGCUAAAGGUCCUUGCUUCCGAAGUUGGAAAGCAAGAGGGGAGGCUCCAGUCCAGUAAAUACUUGGCAGCGGAGAAGUGCAGCUAUUGUUCUGCAUCAGUUCCAUUUGAAUCUCCCGAAGUUGCCUUCUGUCAAGGCAGGGGACACAAACUGGUUAGGUGUGCCAUUUCUAUGGUGGUUUGCCCUACUACUCCUACAUGGUUUUGCAUAUGUUGUCAUAGACGAGCUUUCAAACUGGCACCAGAGACUCUCUUUGCAAUCCCUGGUUAUCCUUUUAAUUUCAAAUCUUUGACCACAUCAUCAUCUAUGCUAGAAGUAUCCUUAAAACCAUUGUGCCCCUUCUGUGGGAUACUGCUGCAGAGACUACAACCAGACUUUCUACUUUCUGCAUCACCCACUUAAGUAAAUGAUUUCCGUCCAAGGUAGAUUUUCGGUCAGGCACUUGGAAGAAGAUAGAUUGUACUAGCAGGUUCCUUCAACCAAAAGGAAAAAUGUAUAUAGUUUAGUAUGCUAGGUGUAAUUGUAUACAAUGUAUAUUUAUUUAUUUAUUUUGUUUGUAAUAAAAUUAUGUAUCUGCUGUUCUUCAUUAAAAGAAAAAAAAUGUAUCUUGUGAUGGCAACCACUAACCAUACUGGAAUGUAAUGUUGUUUUUGAGAA